AUGGCGGGAAAAGCUAAGCAAACUAAAGGAAGACAAAAAAUAACAAUGAAGAGAAUAGAAAAUGAAGAUGACAGGCUAAUCACUUUCUCGAAGCGAAGAUCUGGAAUCUACAAAAAGGCAAGUGAACUAGUUACGCUCUGCGGUGCUGAGGUUGCCUUGCUAGUUUUUUCACCAGCAGGCAAACCUUUCUCUUUUGGCCACCCAUCUUUAGAAUCUGUAGUACGUCGUUUUCUUGGAAAAUCUUCAUCAAACGACAAUACGCAUCCUCUUGUGGAGGCUCAUAGAAGAAUGAGGAUAAACGAGCUGAACCUUCAACAUAACGAAGUGCUUAGCCAGCUUGAAGCAGAUAAACAGAGAGGAAACAUGUUGAAGAUGAUGGUGAAGGGGAAGACAAGGCAAGGUUGGUGGGAUACUCCCAUUGAUGAGCUUAACCUCCAAGAGCUUCAACAAAUGCAUGCAAAGUUAGAAGAGCUUCAUAGUAAUUUAUGCAAGAGUGUCAGUGCAGUUUCUUUUAGGAUUAAUAAUCCAUUAUUUGCCUCAGAUAUUGCAAGUGAAAAAGAAUCCUUCUCCUUCCUUCAUGGACAUGGUUAUGAGCAUAGGUACUUUUAAGUAAGUUUAUGGUUGAUCUUUUAAGGAAUAAGAGGAGAUUACUAUAACUCCAACUUUUAAAAUAGAAGUAUUUGUUGUUGUUCAAGUUUAAUAUUUCAU